AUCUGAGUGCUGUAACGAGCACACACGUUCAUGCUGUCUUCGCCGAUGUUUCUAUAGUGUAGUGCUUGUUGAUGUAUUUCAACCUUGAAACAUGUUACCCUGUUUAACGCGAUCGAGCAGUUCUUCAUAUUUUCGCCACGUUGUUAUUUCUGGAAUAGGUACUGUUUCGUCACAGAGUAAGAGCCAAGUGAGUCGGUUCCCAGGUGUUGUCUAUGGUAUCACAGCAAUUGAAGAAAGCUCCAGUGAAAGGUCGAAAUGUAAAGUCCUUGAUACUACUGUCGCAGAACUCUCCGAGACAUUUAGUUCCCUGUUAGUGGGCAAGAACGACAAGGCAGCACGAUUGCACAAACUGCCAUUAUAUUAUGGACAAGUUGAAAUGCCUACAAGCACCUUUGUAGCAACACGUGGGACUACUAAACUGCGCUGCUACGGAGAAACAUCACAAUUUAAGUAUGAAUGUCCGACAGCACCUAAGACAGUCGUGCCAAUAAUAUACACUGUGCCUGGCGCAGAGGUGACUGAGAAGGAGGUGCCUGGUGUUGCAACUGAGGAAAAGGUGGAGCCCGUUCGUUCGGACGUGUCACUAGAGAUGCCGCAGAGGCUGCCGGUGGAGGAGAUUAUCGCCAAGGGCAAGAUGCCGUGCGGGAUGAUAAAGAUUAGGCGUUCAAAAAUGAACAAGCAUAAACUGAAGAAGCUGAAGAAGAAGAUGCGAUUUGCCUACCGAAGGGUGAAGCAGAAGCGAAUAAAGAGAAAAGAGAAAGCCUUGCAGAAAGAACUAGCAUUGGUGCUACAUGGGGCAGAGGAGUUUGAUGCAGAGCAACAUGUGAAAUCCACACUGAACAAGUACAAUGAUGUCGUCUACUGGCAGAAUAACCCUGUGAAGGGGAAACGGUUGCGGAUGCCACCAGGCUUUCAAGUCAUACCUAAGCCUCCAGUGCAGUCGUACGAGUGAUGAAACGGUCAGCUCAUUUACAAGUGGGGUAUAAUUUGAAUUAAAUAUUUGUGAACUCGAGAAAAAAUAAAAAAAUGAAUUAAGUUGCUAUAAAUUAUUUUGUUUAUUGUAUUUUUGCAAAUGCAAGCUGUACUUACACCUGUUGUGUGGGCGUGCGUGUGCAUGCGUGUGUGCUGUAUCUAACACACGAACACUGCGUGAACAAAUUGAAACAGUUUUUUAAUAUUUCAUUCGAAUUUACAAUUUUUUAAUAAUGCUGCUCAACAAUAGUAAAACAUGCCUUACAUUUGUUGCCAGUUACUUCAUCUAUUACUAAUCAGAAAAUACUUUUUGUUCUAAUCCAAAGUAUUAAUUAAGAAUGUGACACUUUUGUAUUAUAUCUGCACUUAUCUGGAAUGAGUUGGAUUUUUUCCCGAGGUCAACUAGAUAUUAUUGCUACCUACAUUUUCGAUCACUGGCGACAAUGGUACCAAGUUCACUUCAUCUACACAGCAAUACCUCGUCACUCGGGCGCUAUUUUACCCCGUUAUUUGCCAUGCCUUCUUAAAGAAUUUCUCACUAAAAGACCUAACUGGCAGUUCACUUUC